UCUCUUCUUCUUCCUAUUUAUUUUAAUAAAUUGAUUGAUUGGUUAAUGAUGAAAAGCAAGUCCCUUUAGUUUGUAUUUUUUUUCUCUAUUGCUAUUGAGUUUACCUCUUUUUCUUUCUUUUAUUCAUAUCCACAUCUUUUAAUUUUCUUGUUUUAGCUUAUUAUUGCUAUUCUAAAACAUCACUAUACAAAGAUCUGGUGUUUUUGUACAAUUCCUUUCAACAAUUUCAAUUUUCACAUUACAAAUUUUCAAGUCCUGUCAAUUCUGUUUUUGUCAAACCAAAGAAUUAAGGAGAAAAACUAAUCUUAUCAUCAUGAAGAGGUUCAGUUUCUCAGAUUCUUCUGGCAAAUUGCUUUAUCCAACUGAAGAGAAAAAUACAGAGAAUUUGGGAUAUAGCAAUGAAUUUCAGGCAAUGUUGGAUGGAUUGGAAGAUGAAGAUGGGAUAGAAGAAAGUGGAUGUGGAACAGGGAAGAAAAGGAGGUUAAGAGUGGAUCAAGUUCAAGCACUGGAGAAAAUUUUCGAAGUUGAUAACAAACUUGAUCCAGAUAGAAAAGUAAAAAUUGCACAAGAAAUAGGCCUGCAACCAAGACAAAUUGCAAUUUGGUUCCAAAAUCGCCGCGCCCGUUGGAAGACUAAGCAAUUAGAAAGAGAUUAUAACAUUCUCAAGUCCAAUUAUGAAGCUCUUCAACAUAAUUACACCAAAGUUGAACAUGAAAAAGAAGGCUUGAUUACUGAGUUAAAAGGACUGAAAGAGAAGCUAGGAGAGGAAACAUUAUUAUCCCCUGUAUUUCAAAGGCCACAAGAAAUUCUGAAUAAGUUGAAGAAUUCAUCAGAUUUUGUGGAUUCAAAAGAUGGAUCAUCAGAUAGUGAUUCAAGUGGAGUGAUGAAUGAAGAAAAUUACAACAUUUCAACACUCAAAUAUCAACAAUUAAUGCCUAAAGUGUCAUCUUACAAUAAUGCCUUGGAUCAUUUGUCAUUAUCUUCAUCAACAUACACACAGUUAAUGGAUCCAAGGGCAAGUAAUUCUACAUCAUCAAUGAGAGCUUUUAAUAAUAGUAAUAAUCAGCAGCAGCAACAAGGUGUUGGGAGAAUUGAGGAGCAAAAUGGUUUUACAACAGAGGAUUCUUGUAACAUUUACUCUGUUGAUCAAGCACCAAAUCUUUAUUGGUACUUUAGUGACCAUAGAAAUUAGCUUUUAUAUAAGUUAGUAAUUGUCAUCAAUUUUAAAUAACAUGUAGCCUAAGUAUUUGAAGCAUCAAGAAGCUAUUUGUGUGUUUUUUUA